AUGUCGAACCUAGAAGAUGACCUAUAUGUAGUGGACCCGGAGGGCGACACCAUCAUUGAUAUUAUCAGAACAGGUAAUGAGGAUGACAUUGGGUGGGAUUCGAGCGAAGAGUAUGAAUCGGACGGCUUCGAUGAAUAUGAUCCAGAAGGGGUGUAUUUCCAGAAGACAGGCCGAGGAUUACAUUUAGAUCCCGAAGACGACAGGGCCCCACCAGUACAAGAGGAAUACGACCCAAGUGGAGAAUUCAACACUUAUCCGAAUGACGACGACCAUGUUAGCGAAAAUAAUACCAACCCAGAGCCGGACAAGCCAAAGAAACUCCGGACCAGUUUCAAAGUAUCUUCCACAUGCUUGUCUAUGGGAUCAGGCUACUUCAAGGCCUUGUUUCGACACAGGAUAUGGACAGCAACCCAGCAUGGCCGAUAUGAAAUCAAUGCCGCCUGGGGCUUCAAGGCUUUCAAGAUCCUUAUGCAAAUUGCCCAUUUGCAGUUUAUCAAAAUCCCGGACCAGCUAGGUAUCAACACCAUGGUUAAGCUGGUCAUGGCAGCAGACUAUCUGAUGAUGAUACCGCUUCUAAAUCCUUGGAUAUUCCGCUGGGGGAUCGAAAGCCCGUUACCGUGGACUGGUCGACAUCGGCGCCUAGAAGAUACCCAGAAGUAUGAUAUGAAAUUACUUUAUAUUAAUUUACAGCUAGGCUACGGUGGAGGUUUCCGGACUAGCUUCAACAAAUUAAUCACCCACUAUGGCCCUUAUUUUAUGAAUUUUGGUUUGCCAGUCCCUCAGAAACUUAUUGACACUCUCAUACACAGCCGGGAGCAGAAAUUAAGAAAACUAUUGUCCACCCUGCGUGAUAUCAUCAAUCUCUAUGUCUUUGGCGCACAUUCGGAGGAGACACCGAGGUGGUUCUCGACACAAUGCAGAAACAACGUGUUCGGUCAGCUCAUGAUCCAACUCCACAAUCGGGACAUCUAUCCUCGCUUGCCAGACCCUUCAGACGAUCCACGUUCUUAUUAUUAUGUUGAAGGUUUGAUAAUGGCGUCGGUGUUUGAAAUAGAAGCUACCGGGUGUAGAAGCGAAAAAGAUAAUGGCCCGUCCUGCUCUCUUCGCUGGGCUUUGCCGAUGUUCCGAGAAAUAGACCUGCCAGAUAGUGAUAAGCUUGGCGAAUUUGUGCCUGGGUGGGAACAACGACAGUUGAAAGACGUGGGUGAUGUAUCGGAGAGGGCGGUAUCGAGAUGA